CAAUAUUCAUCAUCAAUGGAUACCGCUGCUGCUGUUGGUGGCGGUGCCGGAGUAGAAGGACAACAACAAGCUGCGGAGCUACCGGAGCUUCUGAUUUUUGGUUAUCCCCCUACUCAGUUUCUUGUCCCACUGGCCAAGAGGUUCAGACUUCUGAAGCCUUUGGAAGAGGAAUCCAUGUCCACCCAACAAUUCUUGACCACUCACGCCCAGUCCGUCAGGGCUUUGGCCUGCUUAGGUCUCCACCCCAUCGAUUCUGAAAUCCUCCGAUGUCUUCCCUCCUUGCAGUGUGUUGUUGCCACCAGCGUCGGUGUUGACCAUAUCGACUUGGCCGAGUGCCGCCGGAGGGGGAUAGCAGUUACCAAUGCCGGGCCUGCCUUCGCUGAAGACACUGCCGAUUUCGCCGUUGGACUCCUUCUCGAUGUCCUUCGCCGUGUCUCGGCCGCUGACCGGUAUGUACGGCAAGGUCUCUGGCCUAUUAAGGGGGACUAUCCUCUUGGUUCCAAGUUAGGGAGCAAGCAAGUCGGGAUUAUUGGGAUGGGGAAUAUUGGCUCUGAAGUUGCAAAAAGGCUUGAGCCCUUUGGAUGCAGUAUCUCAUACAAUUCAAGGACGAAGAAGUCAUCUUUUGCAUUUCCAUUCUAUUCAAAUGUCCAUGAACUUGCAGCUAACAGCGAUGUUCUCAUCCUUACUUGUGCAUUGAGCAAGGAAACAUACCACAUAAUUGACAGGGAUAUGAUAUUGGCAUUGGGAGAGAAAGGAGUCAUCAUUAAUGUGGGACGUGGAGCUCUCAUUGACGAGAAGGAGUUGGUUCGAUGUUUGGUGCAAGGAGAAAUUGGUGGUGCUGGUUUGGAUGUGUAUGAAAAUGAGCCUGAUGUGCCCAAAGAGCUCUUUGUCUUGGAUAAUGUUGUACUGUCUCCACAUAAAGCUGUGUUGACCCCAGAAUCCUUUGCAGCAUCAUCUAAAAUGGCUAUGGCUAACUUGGAGGCUUUCUUUGCAGGUAAACCCUUACUGUCUCCAGUGAAGGAUGAAUGAA